CGUCCGGCGCCUCCGUGCCUCUGGGAGGUAGUGGUUUUGGUCGUCCUGUGUUUCAGCGUGUCCUUGGUGAGGCCCACGUUCAGGAAGGGCUGUGGGAUACAAGGAGCGCGUUAAAGGACAGAUUUCUUUGGUGCGGUUCUGAGCAGUCAUGCUGCUUGUUUAUCUAAGAGGAGCUGAAAUGAGCCAGAGAAUGAUGGUCUCUAAGACAGCUUCCUAGUAUGUAUGCAUGAGCAGCUAGAGCAGGAGGUUUGCUGUGUGCCAGACACACACUGAGACUGUCCAGGAAGCCAGUCAAGGAGCCAGACAACUCGUGAUCCACCACCUCCGCAAGUGCCAGCAGUAGCCUCUCUCACCCCAUUCAGAUGAGGUAUUGGGUCCCGAUCUGGUACAUCCCCCAAGUGUAUACUCUUCCUUGGCAGCAGACACUUUUCCUUAGUUGGAAACUGACCUGAGCUUCAGGUAGGUUCAUCCUGCUUCCUCCACCUUGUUCCUGGGAAUAAGCAAGCUGUGCACUCUCAUCAGGAGUAGAGUCUUGGAUUCUUACAGCCCUCCUGUAAAUCCCACUUGUUUUCAAACCAGCUAAGGGAACUUGUCUUCCUGAUGUCAGACCACAGGUUUGCAGUGUCCAAUUUGUGGUUCAAACCUCCAAGCCCAUGAUGUUCCUCUGCUAUGUCCCUUUCCUGGUGGACCCCUGACCACUUCCCCUCCUUUCCUACCUGACUCUGUGGGGACCUUUUUGUACAGACUUGGUUUUGGAAGCAUCUUUCUGCUGAUGUCCAGUUUGUUUUCAGUGAGACUUGCUCCACGUGUGGAUGUACUUUUUAUUUGUUCCUGAGAGGGAUGUGAGCUCAAUGUGCUCCUAUCUCACCAGCUUUCCUCUCUGUGAGAUUUUCUGAAUGCACAGGGAUAUUUGGGAAUUUUGAGCUAAAGUGGAAUGACUUCCAGGCAAGGACCAGGGGAAUUAUGAUCAAUUAUGGGUGCUCAUGCCUUCUUUCUUCUCCUAGGUGUUCUUAGUAAGGACUCUUUCUGCCUUCCUGAGGUAAAGAUAGAAGCAAACAGGAUGGUAACUGAGUGUUUGAGAAAUUGUUCUCAGGACUCAGUGACCUUUGCUGAUGUGGCUGUGAACUUCACCCAGGAAGAAUGGACUUUACUGGACUGCUUUCAGAGAAAGCUAUACAGAGAUGUGAUGCUGGAGAACUACAAGAACCUGACCACAGCAGGAUAUCAGGUGUUCAAACCCACUCUGAUCUCUUGGUUGGAAGAAGAAGAGUUGAGUACUGUAGAGAGAGGAAUCCUCCAAGAGUGGGGAAUGCAACUUAAAGCCAAAGACUCAGGAAUUCGGCAGAAUAUUUUUGGGAAAAAAAUGUCAAAUGGGAUACAAAAGGCAAGAGGCCAUAAAGCACAGGAACUCUAUGACAGUGAGCAAUGUGGGAAAGACUUCAGUGACCACUCAUGCCUUAGGACACACAGGAGUACUCAAAAUGGAGGGAACUCUUAUGAAGAUAAUCAGCAUGGGAAAAACUUCCUUACUCUGCACAACAAAUCCUUUACUGGAGAAAAAUGUUCCAUGUUUAAUCAGUGUGGAAAAACUGUCAUGCUGACUCCAGAUAUUAUACCCUGGAAAUCUAACAUACAAGAAAAAGCCUUAGAACACAGUGAUAUUGGGAGAGCCUUUGUUAGUCAGUCUUACCUUCGGACACAAGUGAGAGCUCACAAUAAAGAAAAGCUCUACAAAUGGAAGGAAUAUGGAAAAACUUUUGUUCACUCAACAAGACUUUGUGCACAUGUGCCAACUCACACUGCUAACAAAUGCUACAGAUGUGAGAACUCUGGGAAAGUCUCCACUGCAUCCCUAAGCCAUAGACAACAUAUAAAAACACACACUGGAGAGAAGCCUUUUCAGUGUGACACAUGUGGGAAAGCCUUUAGGUUUUCCUCAUACCUUCUUGUUCAUAGUCGAAUUCACACUGGAAUAAAACCCUACAAAUGUAAGGAAUGUGGGAAAACCUUUAGAUUGUCCUCAUACCUUCGUGUUCACAGUCGAAUUCACACUGGAAUAAAACCCUACAAAUGCAGGUAUUGUGGGAAAGCCUUUAGAUUAUCCUCAUACCUUCGUGUUCACAGCCAAAUUCACACAGUAAUAAAACCUUACAAAUGUGAGGAAUGUGGGAAAGACUUCAAACAUUCUCUGCCCUUUAACAUUCACAUGGGAACUCACACUGGAGAGCAACCCUAUAAAUGUAAGGAAUGUGGGAAAACCUUCACUCGAUCUUCAGGCCUUAUUGAACAUAUGAAAACUCACACCGGAGAGAAGCCUUUUAAGUGUGACACUUGUGGGAAAACCUUCACUCGAUCCUCAGGCCUUACUGAACAUAUGAAAACACACACUGGAGAGAAGCCUUUUAAGUGUGACACAUGUGGAAAAACCUUCACUCGAUCUUCAGGCCUUACUCGACAUACGAAAAUUCACACUGGUGAGAAGCCUUUUAAAUGUGACACGUGUGGGAAAGCCUUUGCUUCUUCUUCGCACCUUAUUAGACAUUUACAGUCUCAUACUGCACAGAAGACUAUUAAAUGUGAUAAAUGUGGGAAGGCCUUUGCUAAUUCCUCAUAUCUUACUAUACAUUUUAGAACUCACACUGGAGAGAAGCCUUUUGAGUGUAAUGUGUGUGGGAAAACAUUUACCACUUCUUCAUAUCUUAUCAUACACAAACGAACUCACACUGGAGAGAAACCAUAUGAAUGUAAGGAAUGUGGAAAAACCUUUUCUCACUUCUCAAGCCUUUCUUACCAUAUAAAACGACAUUGAAGAGAGGCUAUUGAAAUGUGACAAAUGUGGAAAAGCCCAUCCUGCUUUCUCAUAUCUUAUGAAACAUUUUUUAAAAAAUUUUGGCUGCACCCCAGAGCAUGUGGGACCUUAGUUCCCAGUGAUUGAACCCAAGUUCCCUGCAUUGGAAGACGGAGUUUUAACCACUGGACCACCAGGGAAAUCCCUUACUAAAUAUUUUUGAAUUCCUAAUGGAAAGAUGCCUUUAGAAUGUAAUAAAUGUGGGAAAAGAUUUGCUAGUUCUUCACCCUUUGCCAUUCACAAAUGUAUUCACACUGGUGAGAUACUGUAUAAGUGUUUGGAAUGAGGGGAGGCAUUUGCUGCUGCUUCAACUCUUAAGUUUUGUUUUGUUUUGUUUUUUCCUUUCUAAGCAUUUUUGAAAUGUUAUUUAUUCAUUUUGGCUGUACCAUGCAGCUUGUAGGGUAUUAGUUCCCCAACCAAGGAUUAAACCUGGGCCCUUGGGAGUGAGAGCAUGGAGCUGUAACCACCACUGGACUGCCAGGGAAUUGUCUUAAGUAUUUUAGAGCUCAUACAGGGCAGAAGACUUUCGAGUGUAAUAUGUGUGGAAAAACAUGUACCAGUUCAUCCAUUACCACACAGAAGGCUAUUCACACUGGAGAGAAACCCUAUAAAUGUAAGGCACAGAGGAAAGCUUUUUGUCUUUCUGAUUCACUUCCAACAACAUGAAAGGUCAACACUUGGGAGCUGCUUUACAAAUGUUAAGAGUGUGGGAAGGACGUGAGUCUCACAACUGUUAUGUAAGAUAUCACAGUGGGGAUUUCCCUGGGGGUCCAGUGGUUAAGAAUCUGCCUUGCAAUGCAGUGGACACAAGUUUAAUCCCUGCUUGGGGAACUAAGAUCCCACAUGCCACAGAGCAGCUAAGGCUGCACACUUCAAGUACUGAGCCUGCACAGUGCAACUAGUGGGUCCAUGCACAGCAGCAGAGGAUCUGGCAUGAGGCAACAAAGUUCUCACAUGCCACAAAUAAGCCUCAGCGCAGCCAAGUAAAUAAAAAACUCACAGUGAAGCCAUAUGAUAAGAGGCAUGGACAGCCAUUCACUCUUGCCUCAGUGAAAUUUAUAUUUUUUAAAUAUGGGAGAUCUUGCAGUAGACAGAAAUCCUACUGAUUUAAGUUAUGUGGGUAAGUUUUUUUUAUAAUUUUUUACAGUUUAUACCUUUAGGUAAAAGAAAGUAAUUUUAACUUGUUCUUAGAGAUUUAUGUGGUUAUUUAUUGAAGACAUCCAAUGUACCUUUUCCUGCGUAAAUUCUAAUUCUGCUAAAUAAUGUUCACUUAUAAUCUCACUGUGGAGAAAACCUUUAUGAAUGUAAAAAAGUUAAUUGUGGAGUCAUCAUUCUCCAUUAGAUUGUUCCUCAUUCUUAAUAAACAUCAGGUGUUUCACAGUCAAGAGAAACUGAAUAUGGAGUAUUUGGAAAAUACUAUCCUGAGUCUGAAAUCUUAAGAGUUGCUGAGAGGUGUAGAGUUCUGGGGGUUCUGUAGAUCUAUUUUAAGCAUUUGUGAUUUGGCUAUGACCUCGGGGAGAGUCCGACGCGACUGAGGAACUAAACAAGAAGAACAAAUUCUUGCACACAGUGUGUCUGUCUUUCCUCUCAUAGCUAGACCAGGCCAAUAUAGUGACUGCACUUUCAGUUUGCAACUGGGUCGAAAGUGGACCUUCAGGAUACGCAGUUUAUCCUUGUCUAACCUGCUGGAUUCUCUUGUUGGAUUGACAUUGUCUUCACAUUAUGAAGACAGUGAGUGCUUAAAUGUGUAACAGUGCUCACUAAUCUUAUUUACAGUGAGGACUUCCCUGGUGGCUCAGACGGUAGAGAAUCUGCCUGCAAAGCAGGAGACCUGGGUCCAAUCCCUGAGUCGGGAAUAUCCCCUGGAGAAGGGAAUGGCUACCCACUCCAGUAUUCUUGCCUGGAGAAUUUCACAGACAGAGGAGCCUGGUGGUCUACAGUCCAUGGGGUCACAAAGAGUUGGACAUGACUGAUCAACUAACUUUCUUUUUAUGCUGUCCAAGCUGAGGGAUAUGGUAUGUCUAUAAAUUUUGUAAAAUUAUCCUGUCAUUCUUACUCUGAUCCUGGCAUGGCACGAGAGAAGGUUACAUCUAAUGUGAGUCACCCCUUUUUCAUGACUUUAGAUGAACAACCCCAGCAUCUGAGGGAGAAUCGUUAAUCUCAAGCUGUGCAGAAAUUGAGAAUAAUAUUCUGUUUCACCCCUAAACCCAACACCACGGUCUGGCAAAACAACUGUAUUUUUCUUGGUCAGACAACAGCUGUCACUGAUGAUGUAACCUGCUUCUGUAUUUGUCAUUCCACACAUCUGCUGUGAAAACAGAAAAACUCAUGUGAAUAGAGCUGGUCCUGAUCAUCUGCUGUGCUUGAUGCCAUCAGUGGCAGUUCCUGAGUGUGGGUCUUGGGUGCAGAUACAGACCUGCAGAAACUCGUUUUAGCCUUGACAAAGUUCUCGUGCUGAACAGCCUUGGAUUAUGUUGAGUUUGGCUUUCAUGUCUGCAGCUGCUUGAUGAUGCUUUAUUGAGGUUUAAUCAAACCAUUGUAAUGAUAAUGAUAAUCCAGAUCAACCUUAAUAAUCCUGAACAAGAAUUGCAUGUGCAA